UGAGAACAGUCAGGAGCGUAACGUCUCGACACAACAGAUAGCAGAGGAAACCAUGGCAGCCACAAUGACACCACAUUCGCUUGUUAUUCUGUGUUUAAUUUCCUCCUCGUCUAUACGACCGCUUCUAAGCAUGUCUCAAGAUAAACGAGUCGUUAUAUCUCCAACAAUGGUUGACGUGAAUUAUUAUCUGUAUGACAAACCACAAAUGAAGUCGAUGGAUAAUCUUCGCCAGCCUUCAACACAAAGAAAACCAACCGUUGUUGGAACACACAUACUCCCGGAACAGCUAUCUGGCAGUGCGCGUGACGCGCAGUCGCAGUUGUUUGUUCCGGUGAUACCAUCGACCGGGCAGCAGGUGGUCUCGCCGCCUUACGUCACCGUCGGACAAGGCGCGGGAACUCUUGGCGCCCAGGAUCCGGUUUCAGGAAUCCAAAGUGGAUCCAAGAAUACCAACUCGCAACUCUCUCCAUCGGGUCAGUCUACGGUAGAACCAACCGCCUCUAGUGGAUUUAAAAUAGCAGAGUUCUUCGUGAAGCGACUUUCAACGUGUCGCCAGGGACGUGACAUACUCGAACGACUGGGUAUUAAACAGGUUCAGAAGUUGACCAGUGCCUUGGUGAGGCGCAUCACGCGCGUUGUAUACGGUCUGAAAGCGUCGCUUUCCGGCAGGGACCUGUUAAUCACAAUGGGAUUGGCCGACUUCAUGGGCCUGCCCAAGACGUCAUCGGCUAGUCCGGGAUUUCUGAACAAAAUGAUUGUCCUCGACUUCGCGCCAAUAACUCUCGAUUAUAGGAAUAGGGCCAUCGAUGACCUUUUUGUCACAGCCUACGGGGGACUGUCAAACUAUGGCCAGGAGGUGCUAAGUAUUGCCCCGGGUUACAUUACGACCGAGUUGGACAUGUGUCUGACGCAGGAACAGUUCAACUUCAUGUAUGACAAGAGACCAAUCCCGCGGGAGGUGCGAGGUGAAUUUCGCCUCUUACCCGCCUUUAUGCGACGGUUCAAGAGGAAGGCAAUCAAACACAACAAAUACAGGUGGCCUACCAAAGUCAUACCCUACGAGUUCAACUAUGAUGACUUCUCAUGGAGUGAGAUCAUGUUAAUUGAGAGAUCUAUGUACGAGUGGGAAGAACACACUUGCAUACGCUUCCGAAUGAAGAUGUCACGUGAUGUCAAUUUUAUCCGUUUCCGAGGCGGAGUAGGAUGCAGUUCUCAUGUAGGCAUGAUCGGAGGCGGACAGAACAUAACUUUACAGAAUGAAUGCAGAAUCAAGCGUAUCGUCUUGCAUGAGAUCGGACACGCUAUUGGCUUGAUUCACGAGCACCAGAGACCUGACCGGGACGACUACAUUGUCAUACGCUACGAGAACGCGUCACCGGGGACGCUGUGGGAUUUCGAAAAACGGACGUGGUCCAGUGUACACAACUAUAGUGUGCCAUACGACUACGAAUCGGUCAUGCACUACGGCCCGAAGGCGUUUUCCCGUGACGGAGUUAAAGAAACCAUACUGACAAAGGACGCCCGUUUCCAGAAGACCAUCGGCAAAGUGACCGAGCUCUCGUUCUACGAUACCAAAGUCGUGAACCUAAUGUACAACUGCCACGCACAUUGCGAGAAGGGCAUCACAUGUACGAACAGAGGAUUCGUGAACCGACACUGCGAGUGCGUCUGUCCAAAAGACAAAACCUGCGAAAAAGUUAAAAUUUCAAGGACUCCAGUACGACCGAAAAACGUUUACAUGCCGUGGCAGAUGUUUCGACUCUGGCCCUGGAGGGUGAUGGGUCCCCUGAGGGUUUUCAAUCCUGACAAUUUCGAUUUCUUCCCGUUCAGCUGGCCAAAUAACAGGAGGAACGUUAUGUACAGACGAAACCCAAGGAGAGCUAUGUGACUCCACUAUAUUCCAAUCAGAACGAUCUCGUCAUAUGUAUUCAAUGUUAAACGAGUUCCUGUAAGAAUCAGUUUAUAUUUAUGUGUAUUACAACGAAUGUGUUUUCGAGCGUUUGUUUAUUGUGUAACAUGUUGAACUUUACCUUGAAAGGCAGAACACUGAAUGAGACCUUUACACACAGCGCCUGCGCAGGUCAUCAGCUGAUCAGAGGUCGUGAACUCUGACAUUGUGAAGCACGAAAAAUGAUGAAUAAAAAUACUGAGUUACUCAGUAUGAUUGAUUAAACAAUUGUGGGACGAAUUUAUUCAGCACAUUCAGGAAAUUUGGAUGAGUUUUAAGACACUAAGAACUAUUUUAUUUAUUUAUUAUUAUUUGUUUUGUUUAUUUAUUAUUUUAAUUAAUUAGUUAAUUUACUAAUAUAUUAUACAGCUAUAUUCUAUACUGGCUUUACUUAUUUUCACUGAUAGUGAAAAGUGAAAAUUAUUUGUAUUUUUAUAUUUAUUUUGUAUUUAAGCAUACACAGUCCAGCAUUAACAGAAAAAGAAGGCAUUUUAACAAGAGUUGUAAAUAAAUAAAUAAUAAAAAUAAAAAUAAUAAUAAAAACUUAAUAAUAAUAAAAAUAAAAAUAAAUAAAUACAUUAUUUAUUUACUUACUUAAUAAUUAAUUUUUAAAUGUUACUUACCGUAGAAAUAAAAAAGCCCCCUCAAACUAUAUGUUAUGACUCUGGCUCUGCCUGACUUAAUAUAAGUUAUAUAAUAAUUGUUUGUUUGUUUUUUGUGAAUUUAUCUGUGUCACAAGUGUAUACAAUCGCGUAGAGUAGCGAAGCGAAUUUGUAACUGUUAUACAUCGAUUAAGUCACACCAAAAAUGACAAACAACACUUAUAUUUAAUUUAAAAUACACAAAAUCGUCCUUUCCAUGACCCAUUUACGUAAUGACGUCUCAUUUGACGUAAUGACGUCGUCCAGUCAGAAUAGAGUAAAUCGUAUAACUGCUGGAAGUCUGUAGUUAUACUAAUAUAAUACCCACGGAAAUCAUGUGCCAAAUAAUUUUAUUCAAUCAAAUAGUUAUUUAUUAUAAACAAGAGUUGGGUCCAAUCAAAUGGUCCGUUGUUGUCUGUCCGAUAGUGUAGUCAAUUAUUGACUUUUUCAAUUUCGAUUGGAUCGAACUUUUUUUUAGGCUUAUGUCUUCUUAACAUGGACAUAACUUUGUGAGAUGCAUGAUUAGCAAUACGUAAAAUUUAUCAAAAGUGUUAUUAACCUAUCUCUUUGUCUAUGACUAACAUGAAAAAAGGUUUUAACAUGCCAUUUACUUCAUAAUAUCUCUUUUAAGCCAGACUGUUAUGCUGUUAAAAGAUGUGACAGUAUAUGCUGUGAUGAAGGUUGGUGAUUGGAUGUCCUAGGCUCACGUCAUUAUUGGAGUUUAUAUUUCUAUGGUGGGAUGGCAAUAUCCCAUGAUAUUGAUAUGUUGAAAAAUAGAAUCAAUCAUUUUUAUUUUAUGACUGAAGAUUAUUGACAUGUGAUGCUUUUUCUUUUAUUGAAAGAAGUAAUAUAUCUCAACGAAAUGAACAAUUAAAUAUUUCGUUUCUGAUGUCAGUGAACAACAGUAGUUUUGUUUGCCCCAUUUUCUUCUCAUGAAUGUGGCAACACAACAUGAAAGUGUUGCUGGUUUAUUGUGUAUGUCAAGGAACGUGUAAUAGCUUGAGAUGCAACGUGGUGUUGGUCAAAGCUAUGCAGCGUACUGCAUGUACGUGAAAUUGUAUUUAUGGAAAACUGUUUUAUACUUUAUACUAUUGCCUUUUCAAGACGGCCAGUGAUGGGCAGAACUGAUGUGUAUGAUUAUCUUGGGUCUUCUGACCUUGGGUAUCUAGGCAUGAUACUGUCAAAAAGAGUUGGACUACAGCUUGACCUCUAGAACUGAACUAUUUGCAGAAAGUGAUCACGUGCAAAUUUUUAAUCUACGUUUUGUAUUUGUGUACAAAUAGUCGUGAAAGGUGGUCUGUAUGUGUGUCCGCGUUUUGUUUUUAAACUGUAUACUAUAAUCUGUUUUCAAUUUAUAGAUCCCUAGAUAUUCUCUCUUUUCAUUUGCUAUAAUAGUCAAUGUGGUACUGCUGGUUUUUAUAUUGCAUUAUUUAGGUACCAGCACCGCCACCUACUUCUUAAUCACAUCUUCCAUCUUCUUCUUCUUCUGCGAUCCUAAAGCCAUGCUCAGACUUCUAGUCCUGUUAUCACCAGAAAGUUUGCUGUCCGUCGAAGGGACGCCGCCGGUCUCCCAACGUUUCUCUUUGGGGUCCACAGGAUACCGUCAGGUUUCUUGUCUCAGAGUGCUGUAUGUUGGGCAGGACUGGAGGAUCUGUUUCGGUGUUUAGGAACCAGUGCCACAUGGACAUUCAUCAGAGUUGGCAAGUUUGAGUCUAUAGAAGUGGGAGAUUAAACGGCAAGGCCCAGUUCUCACUGUAAAGAUGAUUACUUGCUGUGUCCUGUCCAUGGUUUGAAGGCAAUCCUUCUGUUUUUUUACAUGGUGGAAGAUGUGAUGAGAUGUAGAUGUGAUGUGAUGAGAUGUAGAUGUAGAUGUGAUGAGAUGUAGAUGAUGGUAUUGGAAGUGAUGGUAGACGAGAAGACUAUGAUCACAUCAAUUGUCAGUACAAAAUAAAUAAAUAUAUAAUAAAUAAAA